AAAGUAAGGGAUGCCAGUCUGCCAUGCUCCUUGUGGCAACUCUGACAAGCAAAAGCAAAACAAAAACAAUACGAAAUUUUAAAAACGUCAUUGUUUAUCGUAUGCGGCUAUACUAUUGAAUUAUUGAAGAAAAUUCAGCAUCAUGUACAAAGGUAUGAGCUCCUUGGCAAUGGUUAUUCUUGCGAUGGUGAUGCUGUUGCAGCUGCUGUCCACCUGUGACGCAGCUGCCACAAAACCCCCGCAAAAGACGGUGCAAAUUUCAGAGCCCAGUGCGCCGGCUGGGGAAGCUGAAGCUAUAAGUCAGGAGCACCGCAAGUCUGUCAAAAAGGCGCUGAACCUUAAUCCGGUGCCUGUGCCAAAGGAGUCGAAACAGGUUUCGGACAAGGAGAGCCAAGCUGCGUCGCCGGGGGAUACUAAACUCCCUGCUCCGCCGGAGUCGGAGUCGGCAAUUGUGCCCCAGGAGGAUGUGGAGCAGUCCCGCCUGGCUCCUGAAAUGGACUUUCCCGGCCAGGCGGUUGUCUACCUCUUGGUGGGCAUUACCAGUUCGGCCAUUCUGUUGCUUGUGUUGCGAGUUUAUCGCUUACGGCUAUCACGGGCGGAACGUAAAUAUGGUGUUCACGGCGAUAGGGCCAACCAGGAGCUGACGCCACUGCCCAUGGCGAUCGAGGACGUAAAUAGCGACGAGGAGGACCACACGCUCUUUGAGGUUAAUCGCCAGAAUAUUCGCAUAUUAUGAAAUAGCAAACAACAGAACACUCCAAAGAUCGGCUUGGUCUACCCGCCAUUCUCAACACUUCCCAGCAGGCUUGCCUUCACCCUUAGAUAUUUAACGCAUUGUAGAUUUACGCUUUAGCUGCUAACUUUAACACACUAUCCCCAAUACUUACAAAACUAAGUUCUGUGCAUUUCUCCCAAAACGCAGUUGGUUCAGGUUUAACGAAUCAAAGGAAAACAAAACCACUUGUGAUAACAAUUACAAUGAUAUGUUUAUGUCUAUAAGUAUGAUAAUGCCGCAGAAGCCCCGAAGGCAUUAAAAAAUCUCAAAGUACGGAUUCUUUCAACUCGCUUGUGCGUGUACAUGUUCUUGAAUAAUAAAUGUUAUAUUAAAUGUA